AUUGUAAUAGUAAUUACAUAUUAAUUAUUCCACAAUGAAAGUGUUGUGUUUGUUGUCGUUAUUGUAUUUAUCGGUUAAUUCAUUGCCAGUCAAUGAGUUUACCGGUAAAAAUUGGGUUGUAUUGGUAGCUGGGUCAAAUACGUGGGGCAAUUAUAGACACCAGGCCGACGUAUACCACGCGUAUCAAAUAGUGAAGGCAAACGGUAUUCCCGAAGAAAACAUAAUAGUCAUGCAUUACGACGAUAUCGCUAACAAUAGGCAAAACAAAUACCCGGGAAAGGUAUACAACGGGCCGACCGGUCAUAAUGGCACUGAUGUCUAUCACGGCGUACCCAAGCAUUACACCGGCAAAGAGGUUACCCCCGAAUUAGCUAUUCUGAUGGGCGCCGCAUCUCUGGGUGCCAUCGAAUUGAUCCGUUUGGCAAUCGAUAUCAUACAAUGUAUUCACAUUGAGAUGGUAAAACUAUUCUCAUAG